AUGGGUAAAGUACCUGAACGGAGAGACUGCAGGAAAAUUACACGCCACCAAAUAAUAAGUUUCACGGUCGAGUACCCGGUUUCCCGGACUGGGGAAUUCAAUGCCAUACGCUAUAGUUCUCCCGGGAACUGUGCCAUGGUCGGGAUACAGCGUGACCUGCUCUCCGGGGAUCAAGCGGAGGGCCUAACCGGAGACCGCUCUUUGGGAUACCGUGCUUCUGUUGUCGCCCACGCCCGUGGGUUGAAAGAUCUCUAUGAUCAGGAGGUUUUAGUGGGUAUGGGUGGGUUUCCUCACCACCGAGUCCCACAUAAUUUGCCCUAA